GUAUUUAAACUAGUCACAAAGAAAUGUCUUGCCAAACGUCUGCGCCGUGCGUCCUGACAAAGUACCCACGCCAAGAUGGGUAGGCCUACUCACAUAACGCAAAGGAUUCAACUUUGGAUAGGUUAUUUCGUUUUAUUUGCAGUUACUGAUGUUUUGGGUUCCAACAUCUGUACAUCCCGAGGGGCCAGCACAUGUAAGCAGUGUCUGGCUGUACAUCCUACCUGUGCGUGGUGUUCCCAAGAGGACUUUGGGCAGGGUGUGGCAGGCUCGUCUCGUUGUGACCUGAAGCGUAACCUAUUGGUGGCGGGCUGUGCUCCUCCGACCGCCCUUGAGUUCCCCACCAGCAAGCUGCAGGUGAAGGAGGACCGGCCCCUCAGCAACAAGGCAGCCGGAGACACGGCCGACGCCACGCAGAUCCAACCUCAGAGACUCCACAUCACCCUCAGACCAGAUGACUCCAAGCGGUUCACAGUGAAGGUGCGCCAGGUGGAGGACUACCCGGUGGACCUGUAUUACCUCAUGGACCUGUCCUUCUCCAUGAACGAUGACCUGUUCCGCCUCCGCACCCUGGGGAAAGGCCUGGCCAAGGAAAUGGGACGCACCACCAGCAACCUGCGCAUGGGCUUCGGAGCCUUCGUGGACAAGCCACUGUCACCUUACAUGUACAUCUCCCCCAAGGAGGCCCUGCUCAACCCCUGUCACGGGAUCAACACCACCUGCCUGCCCCAGUUUGGCUACAAGCAUGUGCUGUCUCUGACUGAGGAGGUGGGCCGCUUCACUGAGGAGGUGAAGAAACAAAUUGUGUCCAGGAACAGAGAUGCCCCCGAGGGAGGCUUCGACGCCAUUAUACAGGCUGCCGUGUGUAAUGAGAAGAUCGGUUGGCGUCAGGGUGCCUCUCACCUCCUGAUCUUCACCACCGAUGCCAAGACCCACGUGGCGCUUGAUGGGCGCCUGGCGGGUAUCGUGCAGCCCAAUGACGGGAAGUGCCACCUCAACUCAGAGAACAUGUACAGCAUGUCUACUAUCAUGGACUACCCGUCACUGGCUCUGAUCACAGAGAAGAUGUCAGAGAACAACAUCAACCUCAUCUUUGCCGUCACCAGUCCUGUGGUGCCCCUCUACCAGAACUACAGUGAGCUAAUUCCUGGGACCACUGUGGGCACCCUGUCCAAUGACUCAGGCAAUGUCAUCCAGCUCAUAUUAAAUGCCUAUGCGAAAAUCCGCUCAGUGAUUGACAUGGAGACACAGGGGGUUCCUGAGGAGCUGUCUCUCUCCUUCAACGCCACCUGUCUCAAUGGAGAGGUCAUCCCUGGCAUAAAAUCCUGCUCUGGACUCAAAAUAGGAGACACGGUCUCCUUCAGCGUGGAGGCGCGGGCGCGCGGCUGCCCCAAGGACAAGCGCAAGACGUUCGUCAUCAAGCCUGUGGGCUUCAAGGACUCUCUGACCGUUACUGUCACCUUCGAGUGCGAGUGCAAGUGCCAGGCCCGCGCCGAGCCACUUAGCCCUGUCUGUAACAAUGGCAACGGCACCUACGAGUGUGGCAUCUGCCUGUGUCACCCGGGGCGACUGGGGCCGCGGUGCGAGUGUGCCGAGGGUGACUACAGCACCACGGAACAGGACCGGUGUAGUGUCCCCUCCACCGUGGGCAUUGGGGGUGCAGGGGGUCCUGGGGCAGCGGUGUGCACUGGGAGGGGCGACUGUGUGUGCGGGCAAUGCGUGUGCCACAGCAGCGACUUUGGCAAGGUGUGGGGCAAGUUGUGCGAGUGCGAUGACUUCAACUGCCUGCGCUACAAGGGCGAGCUGUGCUCAGGCCACGGCACCUGUGACUGUGGGUUCUGCCAGUGUGACUCGGACUGGCAGGGGGAGAACUGUAACUGCUCCCGCCGUACUGACACCUGUAUGUCCAGCCUUGGCCUGCUGUGUAGUGGCCGGGGCCAGUGUGUGUGCGGGGCCUGCGAGUGCACCCAGCCGGGGGCCUAUGGGGCCACCUGCGACAAGUGCCCCACCUGCCCCGAUGCCUGCACCAUGAAGAAAGAGUGUGUGGAAUGUAAGCAUUUCAAGCGAGGGAAGCUGUUUGAUGACAACACCUGCACCCGCAUCUGCAGAGACGAGAUUCAGCUGGUGGACGACCUUGAGUUCCAUGAUAAAAAUGCUGUGAACUGCACCUAUAAGGAUGAGGAUGACUGUGUGGAGCGCUUCCAGUAUUAUGAGGACGCCAGUGGCAAGUCCAUCCUAUUUGUGGUCAAAGAGCCCGACUGCCCUAAGGGUCCAGACAUCCUGGUGGUGCUGCUGUCCGUAGCCGGGGCCAUCUUGGUUCUGGGUCUGGCCGGCCUGCUCAUCUGGAAGCUGCUGGUCACCAUUCAUGACCGCCGCGAGUUCGCCAAGUUUGAGGAGGAGCGUGCUCGCGCCAAGUGGGAUACGGUCCAUAACCCCCUGUACAAAGGAGCCACCUCAACCUUCACAAACAUCACAUACAGAGGCAACAAGGAGUGAUGGCAACCAGGAUCACCGAAAUGACUGCAUCAUUUGAAGCAUCACUGAAAUGACUGCAUCAUUUGAAGGAUCAUUACAAUAACUGCAUGUCACAAGACGAAGAUGUAAUAUUUGUGUAGUGGUUUGUUGUACAUAUGUAUUUAAACGAUACCAAAUGUGUUUUUCGGAGGCAUUUCAACAUUAACUACCAACAAGUUCAUUCGAAAUCCAUAAAUAUAACUUAGGCUGUUCAUUAAUGAAAGUAGAGUCGGCUACAUUGAGAGAUAAAUGUACAACAGUAGACGUGACUCGAGUUAGGCACAUUACUUUCUUUAGUGACAGAGGAGAAGCGAAGGACAAAUAGAAGAGGACGGCCACCCCUCAGAGUCUGGUUCCUCUCUUGGUUUCUUCCUAGGUUCCUGCCUUUCUAGGGAGUUUUUCCUAGCCACUGUGCUUCUACAUCUGCGUUGCUUGCCGUUUGGGGAUUUAGGCUGGGUUUCUGUACAGCACUUUGUGACAUCAGCUGAUGUAAAAAGGGCUUUAUAAAUACAUUUGAUUGAUUGACUGAUAAUGAUACUCAUAGCAUACGCAUGACAUCACUUACUCAUCAGCGUGCUGUAAUUUCCUGUUUGUAAGAGUCUGGCAUGAUAAGCACAUUGUCCAAAUAACAUUUCUGAGACAUGUGGUUUAGCGAUCUGUCACUUUGCUAAAACAAAAAAAUGCCUUUGGGUUCUCCCGCGUUCUCAUUUCACAGAUAAACAGUUUCCUUCAGCUGUUGGCAUUGACUUGCAACAUAUCUCUCAGAUAUGCAAAACAAUGAUGCUUAAAUGUUUUUACGCCAGCCGUGUUGUAUAUUAUGAUUCUAUGUACCGCACAUUGCCCCAUAUCCAUAGCGUAUUAGAGUAGGAGUGCUGCUCUAGGAUCAGAUCAUAAUGAAUAAGAUUACAUGGAUAUAGGGGACCUGAUCCUAGAUCAGGACUCCAACUCUGAAAUUACCUAUUGGUAAAGAGGUGUGGAGUCUUUGUUUGUAUGUGAAACCAGCACUCCCUUCUUACAUUCCCAGUUAUUGUCAAUAUAAUGUUCAGGUAUACCAUUCUUCAGACACAACACCACAAAUCAUCUCUCAAUCACGAAUACAUUCACUCCUUUAGUGGAAGCAUCAUAGUCGGUGUCUUGUAUUCAUAAAUGUGACGUGUUAUUAAGAUAUUUGAUCACUGUAUAUAUUGUUGCACUUGUUUCCUUUAAUCAACUGCUCUUGUGGAUUAUGGGCCAGUUAAGCUGUCAAUCAUUUGUAAGACUCAACUUUAACUGGACCUCCAGCCAAGAUGUCACUGAUGACAGGUUUCACUGACUCCGGACACCAUUUUUAUUUGCUCAAAACAGCCCCAUUACCAGAAAAGUUAGGAAGCUCUUACUCUUACAAUGAUGACAUCAUUCCAUAUCAAAUUCACAGGUUCUGCAUUGUAAAAAAAAAAGUUGAAUUCUUUUACAUUGUUUUUCAUAUCCACUUUUGCAAGGGACACAUUUAAAUAAAUACAUAAAUAAUGGGUUUCAAU